AUGCAUUAAGAUGAUCUAUACGAAAAGGAAUAUUAGAAUAGCAUUAAAAUGAUUAAAAUAAAGUUCAAAAUGAAACUUUCUAAUUUAAGAAUAGCAAUAAUAGGAUGA